AUGGCCGCUGGCUGUUUCCUUCAGCGAGGCCACCAACCUUCGAAUCUGCCCGCAAAAGUCACCUUGAUCUACCAACGCUCAAGACUGCCAUCCUAUCUCUCACGUCGACAACAUAUCUUCCAGCAUUGCAAGUCCCAUCAAGCAGAUCACGGCGCAUCCCAAUUGCCCACCAACGAGAUCAACACAUGCAGUUCUCUGGAGCAAAGUGAUACUUCGCGAUGGAGCAAAAAAGAGCAACCGACGACUUGGGUGCUGGGAGCGAUCCAGGCACUUGCACAAAUCCGCCCUGACCACCCGGCCAUCUGCACCAGCACGGAAACACUAUCGUACGCGGAACUGGACCACAUCACCACAAAAUGGGCCAGCUAUCUUCAGGCGUGA